AUGACAUUGAAAUUUCAUUCAAGUCUUUUAAAAGACAUUUCCUCAAUGUUGAAUGCUGAAGACUAUAACGUUAUUAUUCAAGUCGGAGAAGCAAACGAUACAAAAAAAUUUCAUGCACAUUCGAAUAUUUUAAGAGCUAGUUCUCAGUAUUUUAAGGAUAUUAUUCCGGCUGGUAUUAUUAAAAAGGAUAGUAUGUUUACAGUAAUAAGACCACAAAUUACUCCUUCUAUCUUUGAAAUUAUUCUCAAAUACAUUUACACGGGAAAACUUGAUUUGAGGAAUCAAUCUGGAGCGGAUAAUUUUAGAUUAAUGUUUGAAUGUUAUUAUUUAUUUCUUGAUAAAUUAUUCGUAUAUGUACAAUUUUAUUUAAUUGAACAACAAACACCUUGGAUUCAACAAAAUUUUGUUCUUAUAUUAAAUUCUAUAUUCAACCUACCCAAUUACAAAAAAUUACAAGAUCUUUGCAUUGAAUCCAUAUGUAGAAAUCCUUUAUCAUUUCUCACUUCAAACGAUUUUCAGUUACUUAAUAAAUAUAUUCUUUUGUACUUCCUUAAACAAGAUGACUUUCAUGGGAAGAAUAUUGAAGUGAUUGUUUGGAAUUCUUUGAUUAAAUGGGGCAUAAAACAAACAUAUGGAUUGGAGAAUAAAAAUAACCAGAAAGAGUGGACUGACAUAGAUUAUGAUAAUUUAAAGAAUACAUUAAGUAUUUUUAUCCCAUAUAUUAAUUUUACCAGCAUACUUUCUGAAGAUUUUUAUGAUAAAGUUCGACCUUAUGAAGUUAUUAUUCCAAGUGUUAUUUAUGAUGAAAUUUUGGCAUACUACUUAAUAGAACAACCUAAAUUGUGUAUUUACAAUUCAAAGAUUAUUAAUCCAAGAUUUGUUAAUGUAAUUUCUAAUUUGAUUGAUAAAAAACGAUUGAGUUGUCCUUCAAUAUUUAUUCGUACUGAAGAUGAUCCAAUAUACAGAUUUAAACUUUUUAGUCGUUGUGGUCUUGAUGGAGUUGAUGAGGAGUUUUUUCAAGAUAAGUAUGAAGUAGCAAAUCUAAUUUUAGUUAAAACUCUGGAAUCAGAUAAAAUAUUUGCUGGAUAUUGUUCAGCCGGCAUUGGGUCAUUAAAAAUUGAAAGUAUUUGUGCUUAUGAUGAUUAUCGUAACUACUCACCAUGUGAUUUUGUUUUUUCAUUUAAAAAUGAUAAAGAAAAUCAAAAUAUAAAAUUAAAAUUAACUGAUUCAUAUUUUGAAGAUGGAUCUGAAGCUUUGUAUGGUUCUUCCUUAUACGUAAUAAGUGAGGGAUUUUAUAAACUUGACCCUAAAAAUAUGCUCAAACCUAAACCUAGGGUUUAUACUAAUGAAAAAAUUGAAAAAAUUGAAACAUAUGCUGUAGUCAAACCAUUGAAGAAUAAUUUAAAAGAUAUGCUGUCUAAAAUGGAUAGCAAUGUUAAUGGAAAUAGCGUUAAUUAUUAA